AUGAGCAGAACACCACCAGUCGGCUCCAGGAUCCCGUCUGUGAGGUCCAGCUUCCGCCCGACGUCGACACUAGGCAAGCGGCCAGCGGGCGAGGCUUCCCUCAGCGAAGACCCCGUUGCGACUCGACGAGCUUUGACGCAGUCUGUCUCGAAGCAAAACAACCUCGAACGCAAGGUCUUGGAGCUCGAGAAGCGGAUUCGCCAACGUGAUCAGGAGGUGGAGGACCAGCGGAUACGUAUCGAAACGCUCACGAAUGAGCGACGAAUCCUGCUCGAGGGAGAGACACACGAGAAGCAGAUCGGCGAGGAACGGGAGCGAGCAUGGGCGCAAGAGAAACUGAACAAGGAGCGCCGAAAGGCGACCGAGUCGACCGCCGAGCUCUCCGAAGUGCAUGGCAAGUACACUAUGCUGUCAGCACAGCACACGUCUUUGAAACAGGAGUACCAGGGUCUGGAUGAGGUCUUGAAUGGCCGCAUUGAGGAGCUGGAAGGAGACGUUAACAAGUUGCGGAGCUACAAGAAGAAGGCGGAGGAGCUCUCAAUCCAGCUUAAGGAGGAGAAGCGGCGGUCUGAGGAACGGGAGCGGGCUCACCGCGACGCCGAGAACGACCGCAAGGGAGAAGAAGUCGUUCGUAGGGAGCUUAAGACACAGAACGUUGUCGCCCUCCAAAAGUCCAACGACGAGCUGCAGAGCGAGGUUUCCGAGCUGCGCCAGUACAAGAAGGACUCGCAGUCGGCUGACCGUUCCUCGAAGGAACUGGAGCGAUCUCUCCGUGCCGAAAUCCGCAGUCUGAACGAACAGCUGGAGCGAGCCCGUCGCGAGGUCGACCGCCUCGAGGCUUUGUCGCAGUUACAUCGCGAAACGGAAUCGCAGCUGGCGGCAGAGAAGGCGCAGAAUGAGAGUCUGCACGAUCGACUGUCGCGCCUCGCAUCCGACUCCCAGCAGGCGUCAUUCACGCUGUCCAAGCGGGCAGAGGAGGCAGAGCGAGAGCUGCGAUGGGCCCAGGAGCGCUGCAAGUCGGCUGAACUGCGGGAGGAGCUGGUGCGCAAGGAGCUCGAGGCUGUGCGCCACGGUCUCGGCGCUUCAUCGGGCGGCGCCGACCCGCAGCGAGUGAAGGACCUGGAACGUCUGCUGGAAGAGUACAAGCAGCAGCUGGAGGAGAUGUCUCGGGACUCGCGCGACCUCGAGACUCGCCUUGCAGGCGGAAAGGGGCUCGUGAAGCGUUCAGAGCUCGAGGACGAGCAGGAGCGCUGCAAGGCACUUCAGUCCGAAAUCGAGACGCUGAACAGCACGAUCGAGGAGCUGAAUGCCGCAAACUCAACAUUAGACGGCGAGGUGACCGAGCUCAUGAAGCGCGUCGCAUCUGGCGAGUUCAACCCUGCCCGCGAGCGAUGCCUCGAGCUCGCUGCCAACCCGGCCGCGAAGGUGAAGGCGGUGCGCGCACAGCAGCUCGAGGAGCUCAAGGCGGAGAACGCGGCGCUGCUCGAGAGACUGGCCGGCGCCGGCGAGGCCGUCCCGCUGAUGGUGUACGAGAAGCUCGUGCAGGAGAGGGACGACAUGAAAGUCAAUCACGAAAAGCGUCUCCAGCGUCUGAAAGAGAUCUUCGGUAUAAAAUCUCGCGAGAUCCUCGACGCUGUCCACUCGCUCCUUGGGUGGCGAAUCAAGUUCGACGACAAUGGGCACGACAUCCGGCUCGCGUCCAUGUAUGCGCCGAAGGGUCGGAUGGGUCUCACCCUCAAGUUCACGUCGCAAGAGGGACAUUUCGGUACGAUGCAGAUGAGCGGAGGGCUCGCGCGAGGGUUGGAGGAGGCGCGCGAUUUCUGGGUCGCCGAGCGGCAAAGUAUCCCCGGCUUCCUGGCGCAGGUCACGAGCGAGCUGUUCGAGAAGACGACAAUGGGUCGCGCAGCCGGAUACGUCGGUCUCGGAUAG